AUGUCAUCCUACUAUUUUGCUAUGAUUGGAACUCGUGAUAACCCCUUAUACGAAGCUGAGUUUUCGUCCUUCAAAAAUGCGCCAUCUUCUAUCGUUUCGCCUGCAUCUCAAACGUCGGUCAUUCCAGGCACGUCACAACAACUUCCCGGAAAAUCACAAUUUACCACAUCCACGAAAGAAUUGCUACCGUUUAUAGCAAAUGCAAGCCUCGACAUAAUAGAAGAACAAAUGUGGUCAACACAGGUGUUGAAUUUAGGCAAGAUUGAUCAGUUUUACGGGAUUAAUAUUAGUGCAUAUUUGACCCAAGGAAGCAUCAAGUUUGUCCUUUGCUACGACUCAAACAAGGAUGAUAAUAGCAUACGGCAGUUUUUCCAAGAUGUCAAUGAGCUUUAUGUAAAGGUGUUGAUGAAUCCAUUCUAUAAUGUAAAUGAUGCAAUACUUGCUCCAGAAUUUGAUUACAAGGUGAAGCUACUAGCUAAAAAGUAUUUAUAA